AUGUCAAGCCUCAAGAAUAAGUCAAGCGCAUCUGCCGCUGAACGGCAGGAGAGAAUGGCUGCCGCACUCGCUGCUGAUCCCGGACAUAAGACUUGGAGCUGGCGCGGCAUACAGACCAUCCUUAUCACUCUCUGCGUUUGCUGUUGCUCUGAAGAUGCAGGUUUUGAUGGCGCUGUCAUGAGCGGGAUCAACGCAAUGAAACAAUAUCAGAGCUACUUUGGGAUGAGCGAGUCUGGUGCUCAAACUGGAAUCGUGUUCGGCAUCUACACAAUCGGUGGACUAAUUGGCUCAUUUCCUGCUGCCUACCUACCGGACCGGUUUGGACGUCGUGCCCCGAUGUUCUUUGGGAACUUGGUACUCAUGUCUCUUCGUGCUGUGAAACUUUCGCUCGAUAGCUCGUCUUCACAAGAAUUUAGACUAUAUGCGUAUGCUAAUUCCAAUGCACCUAUUUACAGCGUUGGAGCUGUCCUCAGCGCAACUGCUACUCACCGUGGAACAUUUAUCGGUGGCCGCCUCCUGACGGGUAUAGGCAUGGGCUGCGCAAACACCUCGGCAAAGUCAUACUUGGCUGAGAUUGUUCCACCCCAGACUAGAGGGUUCUGGGUUGGCCUAUUUAACUCUCUCUAUUACAUUGGACAGAUGUCUGCUACGGGCAUGAUGGUUGCCACGGGUCGCUGGACCGGUAAUCAGCUUGCGUGGCGUCUCCCACUGUAUAUUCAAGCUGUUCCUGCUGGUAUCAACGUUUUAUUUGUUUACCUUUGUCCUGAAUCGCCCCGUUGGCUAUAUGCAAAUGGGCGCAAGGAUGAAGCUCGUGCAGUGCUUGCAAAGCUCCACUCAGGGACAAAUGAUCAUUAUUCACCAGUUGUAGAAAUAGAGAUGGAAGAAAUAGAAGAGAAGACAAGCCUGGAUGGUACAGACAAACGUUUCUGGGACAUCAGGAGUCUGAUUAGGACAGCCAGCGACCGGUAUCGAACUGGUUCCGCCGUGAUGGUUGGCAUAUUUGGUCAACUGUCUGGGAACGGGAUGGUUACCUAUUUCCUGCCGGUACUCCUUGGACAGGCUGGUAUUACAUCACAAGAUAAGAAGCUGACGCUAACAUUCGUAAACUCAGUGACUUCAAUGGUUGGCGCACUUAUCGGCUCUGCGGUAAUCGACCGCUUGGGUCGCCGGGCUUUAUUACUUGGUAGUACCACUAUGCUCAUCUGCAUCCUUGGUAUUAUUAUCGGGCUUCUCAGCUCAGAUGGAAACAGUAGACAAGCCAAUGCUGGCAUUGCGUUUAUCUACCUAUUUAUGGUCACAUACACGGUUGGGUGGACACCAACGCAUGGAGUAUACCCGGUUGAAGUACUUUGUUAUCAAUCACGCGCGAAGGGGCUAGCCCUAGUUAAUAUCCUUAAUAAGGCUGUGUCUUGCAUCAACACGUUUGGACUACCCGUUGCUCUAGAGAAGCUUGGAUGGAAGAUUUACGUCAUAUUUUUGGUUUGGGACUCGUUUGAGCUGAUCAUGAUAUAUUUGUUUGUCGUCGAGACCAAGGGGUUGACCCUGGAGCAGAUUGACGAGGUAUUCUUGGAGCCUAAGCCCCGUCAAUACAGCGUGGAGCAUGCGAUGACACUAAAAGCCAAGGGGGAGAAAUUUGCCUGA